CUCUUCUUUUGCCACUCUCCUUACAAGGCCGGACAUACGUGGACCUCUUCAAACAUAAAAAUUCAACCUUUCAAUUCUUCUUCUUCUUCCCAGAAACAGACUCUGAUCUCCCAUGGCGGCUCGAGCUGACUACGAUUGCCUCAUCAAGCUUCUUCUCAUCGGUGAUAGCGGAGUCGGAAAGAGCUGUUUGUUAUUGAGGUUUUCUGAGGAUUCAUUCACACAGAGCUAUAUUACCACUAUUGGGAUUGAUUUUAAGGUGAGAACUAUAGAGUUGGAUGGAAAACGUAUGAAACUGCAAAUAUGGGAUACUGCUGGCCAAGAACGUUUUCGAACAAUCACCACUGCUUAUUACAGGGGAGCCAUGGGAAUAUUGUUAGUCUAUGAUGUCACUGAUGAAUCCUCCUUCGAUAAUAUCAGAAACUGGAUGAAAAAUAUAGAGCAGCAUGCCUCUGAUACUGUGAACAAGAUACUGAUUGGUAACAAAGCCGAUAUGGAUGAGAGCAAGAGGGUUGUGCCAACCUCACGAGGCCAGGCUCUAGCUGAUGAAUAUGGUGUAAAGUUUUUUGAAACUAGUGCAAAAACUGGCUACAAUGUGGAGCAAGGCUUCUUUGCCAUUGCUGGAGACAUUAAGCAGAGACUUGCAGAGGCAGAUAGCAAAGCAGAACCUUCAACCAUCAAAAUCAGUUUACCUGAACCCGUUAAACCUUCAACUGGUGUUCAACAGAGAUCAGCAUGCUGCAGCACCUGAGGAAGUUCAAACCGCAGUAUUGAUACCACCCUGCUAUUUGUAGCUUACACCUGUGUAGGUCAGACUGUGUUGGGUUAAUAAAUUUAAGGCUCUCUUCAUUAUCUUCCUUUC